GUACCACCUCAGCGUGAGGGUGUAAAAUUUUUUCGCCGGGACUUUAUCCGCAUGUUCCGGUGUUUAGAUUUACAAUUCCAUUAUUAUUGUUAUUAUUUAAAAACGUUUUUUAACCGUUCAGUUAAUUUAAUCCCGUACGAAUGCCGUAAUAAACCGUGUGUGGGUCUUAAUAUCCCUAUUUAAAAUAGCCCGCGUGGCUCUGUGUUUAUUUAAACGGUCAUUGAACCGUCUGUGGUGUUUUUUGUUUAAUAUUUAAUAAUACAUAUAUAUCUAUAUAAAUACAUACAUAUUUACACGUAAUACUUGAUUAAUAAUAGCUACAUAAAAUAUAUAAAUAUACACAAUGAGUGAUUUAAAAUAUCUGUGCGUGCUGUUGGCACUUUGUUGGAUUGGAGUUACCGGCGCCCGGCUUAAUUGUGAAGUUGUCAGGCCAAUUUUUGAAUCACACGGGUUCCCAUCUUCUGAUAUUCCCAAGGAUCCUAUAUCAUCACGAGAAUUAAAAUCAUGCGGUGGAAUAAGCAGCGGUGGAGAAGUUUGCUGUACAGCAGAUAUGGAAUUAAGGUUACAAGCAAAAGCUCGUGACAGACACGAAAAAGCUACGAAAUCAACCCUUCAGCGUCUGCAACAACUUCUCGCCACUAGGGGCGCAAGAUUUCAUGGGUUUUUCAAAGACUUAUUGGCAACUUCUAAAAAGGGAUUUCAUGAAAUGUUCAAAAAAACUUAUGGAAUUUUGUAUGAACAGAACGCUUAUGUAUUCACGGACUUAUUCGACGAAUUGGAAAAUUACUAUACCACAGGAACAGUGAAUUUAGACGAAGCGAUGGAUAAUUUUUUCAAUACCUUGUAUCAAAAAAUGUUCACUGUACUAAACAGCCAGUACAAUUUCGACGCAAAGUAUCUUGAAUGCGUGGGCAAUCACAUGAAAGACAUGCGGCCAUUCGGUGACGUGCCUCAGAAAUUGGGUGUGCAGAUAAAGAGGUCAUUCAUUGCGACGAGGGCUUUCAGCCAGGCUCUGACGGUCGCCGCGGAUGUACUGAAGAACAUGCAGACGUUGAAAGUCUCGCCUGAGUGCGCAGCAGCAUUGACCAGGAUGACGGCCUGUCCAUCUUGCAGCGGCAUACCCGGUAAUGUACUUGCCUGCGGUGACAUGUGCGCUAAUGUCAUGAAGGGUUGCCUCACACAACACGCAGCACUUGAUGGUGAAUGGAAUCACUUUGUCGAGGCGGUAGGAAAAGUGGGCGAGCGACUGCUCGGGCCAUUUAACAUCGAGAUGCUGGUCCGUCCGAUAAAUCUAAAGAUAUCCGAAGCGAUAAUGAAUUUCCAGGAGAACAGUCACGACGUAUCCCAGCGUGUGUUCAGUGGAUGCGGACGUCCCGUAUUGGGCAGACGAAAACGCCGUCGUCGAAGUCCUUCUGCGGCGGCAGCUGCUCGUGACGUAGAUUUUGACUCGGGAAACUUUGAUCAGGAGUCUGGGGAAGACGGUCGCUCGGCAACUGCGGUGAUGCUCGAUAAACUUGUUAAAGAGAUACGUCAGCGUGUGAGAGAUUCGAGGCAAUUUUGGAUCUACUUGCCUUACCAGCUAUGUAAUGACGGGCUCGUUGUACCUCCGAGUAAUACAAAGGAGUGCUGGAACGGCACACAUGUUGACAAAUAUUUAUACCCGGUAUCGUCUGAUGGCGAGACUCAGACACUGAACCCAGAAGUGCGCGGGGCUGGACCCAGAGCUGCGAUUGUACGAGAUCAAAUAUUUGCUCUCACAACAAUCACCAGUCGACUCAGAUCCGCGUUCAAUGGCCAAGAUGUUGAUUGGAUAGACGCAGAAGAAAUACCCGAAGGAUCUGGCAGUGGUUCCGGAGACGGUGCUGACGAGGACCCAAUAACCGACGACGAGGAUGGAUUCAGCGAAGAAUCCUCCGGAUACGAGCCCAAGUCCGCGGAACCCGUACCGCCGAAAGCUGCGGCACCCGUGCCAGCAGCGGUCCCACCCCAGGUCGACAUUAAACCCAAGGUGCCGAGCGUCGACGUAAACAACGUCGACCCUCACCCCGACUCCGGGAGUGUCGGCACCAUCGACAGUAGUCACAACUCGACGACAACCGCGACAGACAGCGGCGGAAGCAGCAGCGGAGCCGCGAAUCGCCAGCGAAUGUCACUUACUCGCGCGCUCACGUCUUAUCUCUUCCCCAUCGCCGUCAUGUGGUUCGGCGGCUGUCUCACCGAGUGGCUGUGAUCUUUCAUUACUGAUCAAGUGGAAAUUGUAAAUAAUUAAUUAAUCAUUUAAUAUUUAACUAAUGAAAUAAUAAAUCCUUACCUACCUUCCUACCUAAUUAAUUAAUUAAUUAAAAAAUUAAUGUUGUUAAUCGAGCAGAUAAAUUUAUUUAUCAAGAUCUUUUAAAAGUGACCAAUGUGCCAUUUUUUAUAUUUUAUUUUUAUCUCGUGUCAGUGCCAGAUUUAAUCCAAUCAAUGGCCGUUUUUUUAUUUUAUUAAUUAAUUAAUUAAUUGAUUAAUUAAUGAGUGACUUUGAGUUAAAACUUCAGGACGAAAAAAAAAAAUAUAAUAAAUAUAAAAGACUCUUAUUGUAUACGAGAGUGAGUUAAACAGGACUGAAAAAUUAAUUUAUUCGAUUAACUAAUUAAUUAAUUUGUUUAAAUAUUAUUUUUAAUUACUCGAUAACGAGUAUAAAUAAUAAUUAUAAUUAUUGAUAUUUUAAAUUUAUUAAAAUUUCUCUACUCUCUUUUGUAAAGUGUAAAUAAAAAAAAGUAGCCAAGCAACUUUUAGAAUAAAAAAAAUUUAAUUUUUAAAAAUAUAAUUGAUAAUUUUUUUUGAAUUUUUAUUUAGGAUAAAGUUGCUUGCGGUUUAGAUUUAGGUUUAGGUUUCGGUAUCAGGUGAUAAGAUGUAUAAAAAAAAAUAAAAAUUUAUAAAAUAAAUAAUAAAUCAAAGAGUGGAGAUAAAAGAAAUUGAAAAUACAAAAAUAAAAAAUAAUAAUAAUAAUAACGGGAUCCUGUGAUAAAAUCAAAUAAACCCGCGCGUAAAGUCUCGGACUGAUCGAGGCGGACAAAAUAAUAAAUAAAUAUAAUGAUAUGUAAGAAGUAACGUAAGAAGUAAUAGACGAUUUUGAAAAUCUAGUGAAAUAUUCAGAUAACUUAUGAAUGGUAAAUUAAUUAAUUGAUUGAUUUAUUGAUUAUUAUAAAUAAUAAUUAUUUGUAAUUGUAUUAUAUUAUUAUAUACAUAGAUUUAUAUAUGAAAUUAAUAUAACAAAUUUAUUGACGAGAGUUUUAUCCCAAGGAAUAUUAUUAGGGAAUUAUUUUUAAGGUGCAAUCGUGCAUUAUUUAUACGACUAUUUUUUUUUUACAUUUUUUACUAUUUUUUAUGCUCAUUGUUUUUGUGUUGCUUGUGAAUUAUGGGCGUGUGCGAAUUAUUUUAAAUAUGGGGCUUUUUUUAAUGGACAGGAUUUUUUAUUUUAAAAAUUUGAAUUUUUUUUUUCUUUUUCGAUGCGAUUUUUUUAAAAAUAAUUAUAAGUAAAAAAAAAAAUAUAAUUUUGACAGAAUAAUUAAAAUUUAUUUUAUUUAAAAAAAAAAAAAUUUUCUUUGAUAAACAGGAUUUUUGCUUUGAAAAAUUUGAAUUUUUUUUUAUUCUGUUUUUUGAUGCGAUUUUUUUAAAAAUAAUUUGAAGUAAAAGGAAAACUAAUUUUGACAGAAUAAUUAAAAUUUUCAAGUAUAAAAAAUUAGUAGUAGAAAAGUUUGAAUAAAAAUUUGGAGUUUAAUUUUUGUGAAAAAAAAAUUUAUAGAAAUCUGAGUAAAUUUAUUUUGUAAAUUGAAUUGAAAAAAAAAUUGAGACUAAUUUUGGGUAUCGUAUGAAAUUCUAUGAAUUUUCAAAACUAAUUACUAAUUGCUAAUUACAUUAAAUUUUGAAUCAAGUUAAAAAUAUUGAAAAAAUUUAAAAAAAAUUUGUGAAUAAAUUUGUGAAAAAAAAUAAUUAAUAAAAAAGUAAGAUGCAGUGUAAUGAAAAAAAUAAAAAAAUUCGUACAUGCUCAAUAAUUGAUUUAAAAAUAACCAGAAUUAUCCUACGAAUCUUAACAAUUUAAAUUAAAAGGUAACAGGGUUCUUCGGAGAAGAAAAUAAAAGUUGAUAAAAAAAAAAUUAUUGGAUCAUGUAAUAAACAAUUGUACUAAAUUAUAAUUAUUUAAACUAAAUAUAAAUAUUAAUAAUAAUGUAUUUAAAUGUGAGUUUUAAUUUACGACGAAGUUCGACUGCGGCAAGUCAUUGGCGUUUUAAUAAUAAAGCAACAAAUAGAUAAAAUAAUCAAGUUGAUAAACAAUAAUAAUAAUGAUAAUAAUUUUCAUUAUUUCUAUUUAAUAAAAAAACUUGAGUUAAUAGAAGGAGACAUUUUUUUACUCUGUACAUUACGAUAAAUUUUUCUAUUGUAUUUAAUUCUCCAUUCCAACUGAUUGACUUUAAAAUAUAAUUAUAUAUAUUAUAUAUACCAGUGCUAUUGAUUUAGAUAAAUGAAAACUAAUUAUAAUAAUGAUGAUAAUUAAUUAAUAAAUAAAAAUGUGGAUGACAAGUUUAUUUAUA